AUGCCUUCGGACGACUGGGUUCAAAAGUUCGAGACCCUUCAGGUCCACGCUGGCCAUUCGCCAGAUCCUGCCACCAACUCUCGCGCUGUCCCCAUCUACCAGUCCACCUCGUUCACUUUCAAUGACAGCGCUCAUGGCGCCAGGCUUUUUGGCCUGAAAGAGUUUGGGAACAUCUACAGCCGGAUCAUGAAUCCUACCGUGGAUGUCUUGGAGAAAAGAAUUGCGGCCCUCGAAGGGGGCAUUGCUGCUGUUGCCGCUUCGUCUGGCCAAGCUGCCCAGUUCAUGACCAUUGCGGCGCUGGCGCAUGCCGGGGACAACAUCGUCUCGACAUCCAACCUGUACGGCGGUACCUACAACCAGUUCAAAGUCAUGUUCCCGCGCUUGGGGAUUCACACCAAAUUUUUGACCUCGGAAAAGCCCGAAGAUUUCGAGGCAGCUAUUGAUGACAAGACCAAAGCUGUCUAUGUCGAGACCAUUGGCAACCCUCGCUACAACGUCCCAGACUUUGAGGCUAUUGCCAAAAUCUGCAAUGCCAAGGGUGUGCCUUUGGUGGUGGACAACACCUUUGGCGCCGGUGGCUUCUUCUGCCAGCCGAUCAAACAUGGUGCACACAUCGUGGUGCACAGCACCACCAAAUGGAUUGGCGGCCACGGCACCUCGAUUGGUGGCAUCAUUGUCGAUUCAGGCAAGUUUGAUUGGGCAGCUAACGCGAAACGAUUCCCUCAAUUCAACGAUCCCGCUCCCGGCUAUCAUGGCUUGAAAUUUGUUGAUACCUUUGGCCCUCUGGCUUUCCUCAUUCGAGUGCGUGUAGAGAUCUUGCGUGACUUGGGAUCCUGCAUGUCGCCAUUCAACGCUCAGCAAUUCAUCUUAGGCACUGAGACACUGAGCUUACGAUGCGAGAGGAUUGCAGAAAACGCUCUGAAGCUGGCCAGAUGGCUCGAGAAACAUCCCAACGUCGCGUGGGUGUCGUAUCCUGGGCUCGAGAGCCAUCCCUACCAUCAACUAGCCAAGAAAUAUCUUCCCCGUGGUUUUGGAGGAGUCAUGUCUGUCGGUGUCAAGGGUGGCUCUGCUGCAGGUUCGCAAGUGGUUGACGGGUUCAAGAUUAUCUCCAACCUCGCCAAUGUCGGUGAUGCAAAGACGCUCGCCAUUCAUCCGUGGUCGACAACCCACGAACAACUGAGCGAGCAGGAGCGGAUAGACUCGGGCGUCACUGAAGACAUGAUUAGAAUCAGUGUUGGAAUUGAGCACAUCGACGACAUCAUUCACGACUUUGAGCAGAGUUUUGCUGCCAGCGAAGCCGCACGACCGGAUGCAGAGGGCAACAAGGACAACGCAGCGGCUGGUGCGAAGCCAAGUGGUGAUGCAGCACUCAGUGGGGCUACCUGA